ACUUGCUCCAUUUCUCACCAGCUAGCCAUGUAUCUCGACGAGCGUUCCUCCCAUCACCACCUAAUUCACAGUAGUAAGAAGGCGUGGUGCCAUCACGAACAAGAACAAUUGAUCUGGCUGUGGUGUGUCGUGACGGGCAUGUGAGAAGUGCGUUACACGUUCAAGAAAAGUGCGUCGGCUUAAUUGUAGCUGAAUCCAGCAACAACGUUUGGACGAGCAAUACGCUGCUCGCCUAGCCAUGGAGGACCUGUCGUCGGAGCUCGACCCGGCGCUGCUCUCGACGUCGACGUCCUCGUCGUCGCCGCCGGACUCCGCGUCGCCAUCGUCGUGCUCCUUCUACCAUCCUUCGCCUCCUAGCUGCACCCUCGCCGUGUCCAGCCUCUCCUGCCGGGGCUCCGGCGGCGCCGGGCUGCUCUCGUUCUUGGGUUCCUCGGGCAGCUCCGCCAGCGGUCACGGCCUCCUCAACAACGUGUCGUUCACGGCCUCCAGCUCGCAGAUUCUGGCCGUCGUUGGCCCCAGCGGCGCCGGCAAGUCGACGCUGCUCCGCAUCCUCUCCGGCCGCGGCACCGGCGGCGAGAUCGCCAAGCCGGGCACGGUGUCCGUCAACGGGCACGCCGUCGCCUCCCGCGCGCAGCUCCGCCGGAUGUGCGGGUUCGUGACGCAGGACGACAACCUCCUCCCGCUGCUCACCGUCCGGGAGACCAUCCUGUUCGCGGCGCGGUUCCGGCUCCGCGCCGCCGUGACGGCGCGGGAGCGGGGGGAGCGGGUGGACGCGCUGAUGCAGGAGCUGCGGCUGUUGGAGGUGGCGGACAGCUACGUCGGCGGCUGCGGCGGCGCGGCGCGCGGGGUGUCCGGCGGGGAGCGGAAGCGUGUGUCCAUCGCGGUGGACAUCGUGCACGACCCGCCGGUGCUGCUCCUCGACGAGCCGACGUCCGGGCUGGACAGCCGGUCCGCCAUGGACGUGCUGGCGCUGCUGCGCGACGUGGCCCGCGCGCGGCGGCAGGUGGUGGUGCUCAGCAUCCACCAGCCCAGCUACCGCAUGCUCGGCUACAUCUCCUCGCUGCUGCUCCUCUCCCGCGGCGCCGUCGCGCACUUCGGCACGCUCAAGUCGCUGGAGGACGCGCUCGCGCGGCUGGGCCACGUGAUCCCCAUGCAGCUCAACCCGCUGGAGCUCGCCAUGGAGGUCACCGAGCAGCUCGAGGCGGACCAAGCCAAGUUCGGUCCGCUCGCCGCCAUCCAGCACCGCAGGCACCAUGGUGGCGACGUCGACGACGAGGAAGAGAGCAGCGACGGCCACGGAGGAGGAGGAGGAGAGCUAGCCCUCCACGCCGCCGAGCAGGGCUACCGCUGCAGCCGCGCGGUGGAGGUGGCGGCACUGACGGCGCGCUGCUGGCGCACCAUGCACCGCACGAGGGAGCUCUUCGCGGCGCGGGCCGCGCAGGCGGUGAUCGCCGGGCUCGGCCUCGGCAGCGUCUACUUCCGCCUCCGCCCCGACCCGGAGGGCGUGGCGCUCCGCCUCGGCCUCUUCGCCUUCAGCCUCAGCUUCCUCCUCUCCUCCACCGUGGAGGCCCUCCCGAUCCUCCUCCACGAGCGCCGCGUCCUGAUGCGGGAGUCCUCCCGCCGCGCCUACCGCCUCUCCUCCUACGUGGUGGCCAACGCGCUCGUCUUCGCGCCGUGCCUCCUCGCCGUGUCCCUCCUCUUCUCGGCGCCCGUCUACUUCCUCGCGGGGCUCCGCGCCACGCCCCAGUGCUUCGCCUUCUUCGCCCUCGCCGUCUGGCUCAUCGUGCUGAUGGCCAGCUCGCUGGUGCUCUUCCUCAGCGCCGUGUCGCCGGACUUUAUCCUCGGCAACUCCCUCAUCUGCAUCUCCCUCGGCGUCUUCUUCCUCUUCUCCGGCUACUUCAUCCCGAGGGAGAGCAUCCCGAGGUACUGGGCAUUCAUGUACUACGUGUCCAUGUACAGGUACCCGCUGGACCUGCUGCUCAUCAACGAGUACGGCGGCAGCAGCAGCGGCAGGUGCGUGGCGUGGGCCGGCGGUGGCGCCGGCGUGUGCCUGAGGACGGGGGGUGACGUGCUGAGGGGGAGAGGGAUCGACGAGGGCAUGAGGUGGGUGAACGUCGGGGUCAUGCUAGGGUUCUUCCUCGUGUACCGGAUCAUGUGCUGGGCCGUGCUGGUCAGGAGGGCAGCCAAGACCACGCUGUGAUUUCGCACCGAUCAUGUUGGGGUCGUGCACCCGUGUGGCCGUGUCGGUCAGGGCUCAGGGGAGCGAGAGAGAGAUAGAGAGAGCGCAGUGAUUUUUUCGUAUUCCAGCACUUGUCCUAAAAGUGCAUACCGACCUGUUAUAUCUCGGUGUCAUGUAAUUUAGCACCGUAAAAUUGGUUUAUCUUUGGACAAUGUAAUACAAAAAUUUAUUUGUGAAAAUUUUAGGAGAGAGCACGUGCACAAAUCCUAAAGUAAUCGCAUCAUAUGCACUGCGGUUAGGGAUGACAACAGGUCGGAUUUGA